CCCCCCCGCACAGCGGCCGCCCGGCCCCCUCCGCCAGCCCGGCCCCCGCGCUUCAGCCAUUUGCGUCGCCUGGCAUCGCCUCACCGCUCCCCCCACCCCCCGCUUCUCUUUCCCGGCCUCCCCACGCUGGCUCCCGCUCCUGUGGGCAGGGCGGCGGGGCCGCUGUGCCGCCGGCAGCGAGGCGGGGCGGAGGGAGCUUCCCUAGAGCGGCGCGGGCCUCGCCGGCUGCCGCCGAAAGGGGGAACGCACAUGUGGAGCAGUGAUAUGAAGGAACCUUCACAAAGGUCAUGUAAAGGGAAACUUGGCUAGUGGGGAACCUCCUUCCAGAAUAGAUGGCGACCGCUGCCUUCCACUGAAGUAGCUGCACAAGGUGAAUAGAACUAUUACAGCACUGCCCAGUGUCUGGCCUUCAAGGACGUUUUUCGUCAUUGCCCAGCACAGUGUAGGGACCACAUGUCAUGGAAAGGACGCUGUGCAUGCAAACUGCUUAAAAUUUUUGCAUCGCAACAGGAAAACCAGAAUUGAUUUUUAGGGUACUGAGGUGCUCCUCGGGGCGAUCCUCCCCCCACCAGCAAGCGGUCAGUUUUUCGGGCAGUCAGCCCCGGGCAGCGGGAGGCGGCAGAGCCGCAGGAUGGGUCGUGCGGGGAAAGGAGAAGCGCGGGUUUAGCCCCGGAACCAGAGGCGGCCCCGCCUUGGGGAGCGGCGGCUCCGAGCAGCAGAAGCGGGAGGGAAGCCGGCAAGGGGGAGCAGGCCCGGCCGCGGGAAGCUGAGAGCUCUCCGGUCUCCUCCGCAGGUGAUGGCCUUUCCGCUGCGGCCCAGAGCCCUCCGCACGGGCGCGGCAGCCCGCCGACGCAGCUAGCGCGGCUCCAUGGAGGGCAGCGGCGCGGCCGAGGAGGAGGAGAGCGGGGCCGGGCCCGGCGCCCCCCCGCCGCCGCCACCGCCCACCCCGGCCGCCCCCUGCGGCUUCAGCUCCUCCCUCUGCUUCAGCGCCAGCGCUGCCGAGCCGCAGCCGCCCGCCGCCGGCGGCCGGGUGGUGCAGAGCCAGUGGGAGAUCAACAACGCCGCCUGCCAGCCGGAGGAGGACGAGGAGGCGGUGGGGACGCGGGAGCGGCCGGCGGAGGAGCCCGACCUGGUGAUCGAGGUGUCGGGGCGUCGCAUCCGGGCGCACAAGUCUGUGCUGGCGGCCAAGAGUGACUACUUUCGUGCCCGCGCCUCACGGGACGUCCUGCAGGUGAAGGGGGUGAGUUACGGGGCGCUGCGGCUCCUCAUCGACUACGUGUACACAGCCCGCAUGGGCGAAGUGCGGCACGACAACCUGGCCGAGGUGGUGAGUGGCGCCCGUGUCCUCCAGAUGCCGUGCGCCCUGCACUGUGCCGCUGAGGCCAUGCGUGCCCAGCUCUGCCUCGAUAACUGCUACCAGCUUCUCUGCCUGGCCAAGAAGCAGCGGCUGGCGGAGCUGCGGGAGGCCGCCUACCGCUUCAUGAGUGACCACUACCUGGAAGUGCUGCGGGAGCCCGGCGUCUAUGGCCGCCUCAGUGGCACUGAGCGGGACCUCAUCCUGCAGCGGCGCAUGGAGGCUGGCCGGCCCUGCUUGCUGGUGGCUGAGGUCAGUGAUGCCUUUGAGCGUCUGGGUGGCGGCAGCCGGCCGCAGAGCCGCGAGAGCAGCCGGCCGCAGAGUCCCUCCUCUGUGGUGUCACUGGAGGAGAGUGGCGCCCUCAUCCACUGCUACCAGGAGGCCAGCGGUGAGUGGAGGGUGUUGACGCGCCUGCCCGAGGAGGCCAACGCCAAGGGCUGCGCCAUGUGUGUCCUCCACAACUACCUCUUCCUAGCAGGGGGCAUCGUAGCGGGUCCAGCAGGCAGUGAGCCCCGGGCCCGCCUUUCCGACAAGGUCUUCUGCUACAACCCCCUCACCGACACCUGGAGCCAGGUGCGGCCGCUGACUCAGCCUCGCUCGCAGCUCAAGCUCCUGGCCCUGGAUGGUUACCUCUACGCCGUGGGGGGUGAGUGCCUGUUCACUGUGGAGAGGUACGACCCACGGGUUGACCGCUGGAGUCCUGUGGCACCCCUGCCAAAGGGUGCCUUUGCUGUGGCUCACGAGGCCACCACCUGCAACGGGGAGAUCUAUGUGUCGGGAGGCUCCCUCUUCUAUCGCCUGCUCAAGUAUGACCCCAAGCGUGAUGAGUGGCAGGAGUGCCCUUACAAUAGCAGCCGCCGACGCUCUGCUGACAUGGUGGCCUUCAAGAGCUUCAUCUACCGCUUUGACGUGAGCAGUGGCCGUGGUGGGGAGCAGGGCCCAGGCGGUGGGACUGGUGGUGGUGUCGAAGUUUUCCGGUACAACACGGUGGCCAAGCGCUGGAGCCAGUGUGCCAGCCUGCGGCCCAGUGGUGGCCCCAUCCAGCCCUUCCGCUGCGCCCCCUUGGGCAACACCAUCUACUGCGUCAACCGGACCGGCACCCUCCGCUUCAGCCUAGCCCAGGAUGGUGAGGUGGAAGCAGAUGGUGGACUCAAGGGCACCUUUGACAGGGAACUUCUUAAAGCUCCCUUGGAUGUCAGGGGUCUCCUCCUACCCUUCGUGCUCACCCUGCCUGAGAGACUGGACAAAGCUGGGGAUCAGGAAGGCUCCUUCCCGCUGUGAGGUGACCAGCCUGGCUCUGGCUUCCUGAGUGUGGAGCUGGGUUGCAGCUGUGGGAUACCCACAAACUCCCCUCACUACAGAGAUGACCCUCUCUGGCGUGUCUGCAGAGAGAAGGGGCUCCUCCUUUCCUCCUCUCUGCUCCCAAGAUGUUGAGCUGGAGCCACUAGGUUGUAACUCUGUUGUAACUCUUCUCGUGUUUGCUGUACUUUAUGUGAAAAGCUGAGCACAUGAAAGGAAAAGCUGCUAUAAAGGAGAAUCUCUGGAUUACAUUUGUGCCAAUUCCCAAUCUGAGAAAAACUUUUUUACACCUGGAUUUUUAAAAAAAUCCUGACAACAGUGUCAUGAUGGGAUAUUACUGUGAGUGUUGCUUGUGUGUUUACACAUAGUUGCAAUCUGGGAUGGAGAUUUUCUGCCAUUUGUUUUCAUUCUUUCUGAGAUGAUACCGAGGGGUAAACACUGCUGACAACGUAGUUUAGCUGCAUUUGUUUUUAUGUUAAACCAACUAUUUACUGUGUGAGGAAACUAUAGGAAGAUUAUCUCCAUCACAGCCUUUCUGGCACAAUAGAUGUUUUAAGGAAGACAUGGCACUGUGUGGUCUCAGGAAUGUGAACCACAAUGAAUAAUGUAACAUAUACCAGACUCUUAAAAUUUUAGGCAACACAAAUGUGUGCCACAUGUUCAUAUUUGGAAUACAAAAAAAAAAAGGCAAGUUACCUUUUUAAAAUGCGGCAUAUUAUAGCAGAAAUGAAAUGUUGAUAUGUUCUUUAUUUGAAAAAGGCAAUGGUUUCUGUAUAAAAAGACAUUGUUUUAUUACCUUUUUUAUCAGAGAUUUUAAAUUUAGCAAAAAUGAAGCUAUUCAGACUGCAACUGAUUGACAUGACCGUGUAUGCCACUAGAGCUGGGGGAAAUAUUUUGUACUUCAUCUGCUCUUUAAUUAACUGCAGGUCAAGGAAAACUAACCUAAACUAAAUGUAAAUUCUUUGAAACUGACUGCAGACAGCUUAAAAGUUUCACUGUAUGUUCAGUAUCCUGUGGCAAGAGGCUUUUCCAACUUGGUGCAAGACCAUCAAAGGAGGAUGUGGAAAAUAGGAAUGCCCUACACAUGUUGAUUAUAUUGUGCACUAGCAUGAUGUUAUUUCCUGUCUUUUGAUUGAGAGACUGCUUUAUUUAUUUCGAUCUGCUGUAAUCAAUAAGUCCUUGUAAACUGCAGCACGAGCUGAUGGCGUAUGCUGUCAUUGGGAUUCUGAACCACCCGAGAGUGCUGUUUAGGAGCAGCUUCCUAACGAGAUGAAACCAUUUCGUACAAAGCUUCCUCCUGCCUGUGGAAAGCUGGAGCAUACUUUUUGUCAUGUCACACAGAACUGGAAAGGCGUAAACCAUCCAUACAGACAGACUAUAUUGAAAAGGGCACAUGCAUUUAUUUUAUACAUUUUAUAUUAAAAAGUCAAUAGGCAAGGCAAAUGUUUUAGCUUUAUGGUAGAUCACUGAGAAACCUUUUCUGAAAAACGAACUGGUGUUUUUGCUAUUGGUAAUUCAGCCUGGAACUGGCAUGGACUGUGGAAGGGAACUGUUUAUACUUAAAGCUCUAGUAUAUUUUAGAAAGACGUAGGGACUUUCCAUCAAAGAAAGCAGAUCUUUUUAUGUUUUAUUAAGACGUUUCUGUUAAACAGGACAUUAGCAUUCUUAUACAUUAUUGCUAGAUCCAAAGGAAGGCAGCAGGCUCUGUCCUGAGAGACACCAUCUUCACAAAAGGGAAUAGUGAAGUUUAUCAAUACUUUUUUCCUUCACUUAAAUUUUUUUUUUUUUUCCAUUUUUUCCAUGUCUUGCACAGGGUUUUAACACAGCUGCUCUGAUUAGCCAUCCUGUAGAAAACAGUGGUCCAGUCCUAAAAGUUCUUAGCUAAGUGACUAUUCCCUAGUGAGUUAAUUAAAGCAUCGCCUGGGUAGGAGCUGUAGGCCUGCAGAGUGUGACACUUAUCUUAGCCCCUGUACAGGUUGGUGCAGUGGAAUUUACUACCACAGAUGGCACAUUCGUUAGGGGUUCACAAAGAAAUUGCUUUUUUUCACUGAAUGAUGGACUUAAUUCUCAGACAAGAAUCCUUGCAAACGUUGACUCUAAAUGAAAUUACAGUAUUGUAGCUUGCACAGGAAAGAAAAACAAUGUGUUUGCCUUCAGCAUCAUUUUUAUGUUAACUGUAGAAAAUAUUUCAAGUUGUGUAGUGGGACACUUAGGUGCAUACUUAAACUAAAGACAGAAGUGCUAGGCCAGAUUUUGAACUAGUAGAGUCACCAGGAGCACACAAGGAAAUGUCUGUUUUACCUUGAAAUACAAUACUAUUUCAUAGUUCAAAAUAUUAUGUAGUAUAGAUGUUAUAGUACAGCCUAGUGAGGAAUCAAGUCAGCUUUUGCAUUCCUAUUAAUUAAGCAUUUUCAUUCCUGCUAGUGCAUGAAAAUGCUUCUGAAUGAGUUUUGAGAAGUCUCCAUGAUUUAAGCUGUGAAAAUAUACUACAGACUUCCGGGCAAGAAUGAAGCAUAUCCUUUCUUCCAACAUUUGUCGCUGUACACCAUGAAGAAAUACAUUUGGAAAUAAUUUUUACAGUAACAAGCAUUCUACGAACCUGCAGUGGUUUGUAAUUUUGCUAGCUCCUGUUGUUAGGAAAGGUUGAAUCAAGUGCUUACCCGCUUUCACUGUUUGCACAGUGUGAGGGCAGAGUCUGGUGUUCAUUAGUAGCUGUCUGUCAAACCUGUUUCCUUUGUACACUGCAUAAUCACAGCCUGAUGAUUGACAACAGAGACAUGUUUCUAACCAGAUUUCCUACUCUGUGGCCUCUGUUUCCUCCCUGUUAAGCUUGAGGCAGGUUUGCUGAGAGUUGUUUUUCCCCCAGUUACCAAAAAAAGACCCACAAAAAAAACCAACAAACCACAACACACCAGAACUCUCCAGUUUCAGUAAAACUGAGCAGCCACUGUCCCUUUGACAUGCAGAGGUGCUGAGCAGCUCCCCUCCGCCCCUCCAGAACUGCUCACCUCUGAGCAGUUGGCACCUACCCAGCUACUGCCUAAACUCCUUUGAGACUAGAUAAUAUGAUACCCAGAAACCACUGGUGUAAUAUGUUUUUAUGGUACAAACUAAAGGGCCAGGCUGCUGUCAGAUUGUGUUUGCAUAUGUUUUGCUUUUAAAACAGAGCUAUUUUAUGUAAUAGCCCGAAGGCUACUACAUUUGCAUGAGAACGUGAAGAUAUGUGUUCGCUUUCUUAGCCUGCAAGGAUUCAAUCCACAUCUCUCACCACCUGAUUAGCAGUGGAUUGAAGGACAUCUUGGAGCUAAUCUCUGAUCUCUAAGUAUUUAUGCAUUUUGUAUUGUAUACUAAUUGGCUAAAAAUCUCAGAAAUGAUCCAGGUAGGUAAAUUCAAACCCUCAUAGUCACCGAGUGAUCUGAAGCUAGCUGGAGAGACAUAGACCUCUCUACUGUUUUUCUUCUCCAUGAUUCACAGUUCUCCCACUUUUCAUAGAAUAUGCAGGAGAUGAUAAUUUUUGUGCUUCCUUCUCCGUAAAGUACUCCCGUUUUCAGGGUCGUCUGCUAGAUGAGAUAGGCUUGAAUUCCCUUAAGCUGAGGAAGGACUCCCGUUUCAUGUGUAUGUUUGUUCUCAAAUCUAGGUGAUUAUUUAGGAGAAGAGUAUCGGGACCAGCUCUUACAGCUCUUUUUCUGGGAUGAACCUCAUGCAGAUCCUCAGAAAACGUACACAGGUUCCUGCACACUGAGUUCUGGGUAGAUUCCAGCCUCCAGCUCCUGGAUGGGUAAUUCAGGAUACAUUUAGUACAUGUCGGUGCACCUGGGCAAGUUUUCUUCUGUGGAAAGCUUUUCCAGACAGGCUUUGUAUUUGGGGUUGCCAGUCUGAGGUGAGAGACUCCACAUGCUUUACUGGGAGGCCAAGCAGGGAAUUUGGAUUCUCAGGGCAAUGCCUUGCUGAAGAGGCAUUGCAGUGCCUAACAUGGAAAUGCCUAAAGCCUUCAUUGCAUCUAAAACUAAACCCUUGCUUGAAUAAAGAAACAAGGCUUCUUAGCAAAGACUAAUAACAGAUGUAAAUUUGCUAUUUCCAUCUAUUGACUGGUUCUGUAAAAAGAAAUCUGAAUUGCAGCAAAGGCAUUUGUACAAAUUCUGUUUACACUUGGAAACUGAAUCAAAGGAAAAUUUGGCAAAAGAAAUAACCCUAUUUGAUCAAAACAGGCACUGUUAAGCAACAUGGGAAGGAUGCUAAUCAUCCCCUAUUAGUGAAUAAAAUCGUGCAUAGCUGAUGUAAAUUUUGUCCACCAAAAUAGUGUAAAUAAAACCUGCUAAAAUUUAAAGUGGUGAAAGAAUAAAUGAUUCACAUGAAAACUGUAACUCUCCUGUGCUGAUUGAUUGGUUCUCAGAGUGUUGUAUGCUGCAUAUCAUUAUUCAUGAGUGGCCUGUUGCUUUUCCUGCUUUGCGGUAUCCAUUCCAUUGACCGCUCCAUAGAUGUGUUACCCUUCACUAUCACAAAGCUUAACAGUGGUACUGGGGUGAUUUGCUUUGUGUCUGGACUGACAUGUAGUGCUUUCUACUUGAACAAACUCAGAAGAUUUAGACAGAAUAGUAUCCCAGUGGCACUGCUUCUGGGAAACUUCAGAAAGCACAUGAAGGGGAACUGGUAGCACCAUUCAGCAGUUGUAGGAACAAGCAUUUCAUUAAUUUCUUUUUUUUGUCUGCUACUAUUGUAUGCACCAGAUUCGCACUGGAUUUAAGAGAACAUCUUUGUGUAGCUGUUACCAGUAUGAGCCCGAGUACUAUUGUAGCAAAGUAUAUUUUUAUUUAAGUAUAUUGACUGCCUCAGCUCCUACUCUGAGGUAAUUUAAGUUUAUAAUAGAUCUACACAUUUAGUAGAUUACUGGAACUAUUCUGACUUUAGCGUUACUGCUACUAAUAGCAGAGAUUAAUGCACAAGGUCAGUAAAAUUGUACGCUCAGAAUCUAGAAUCACAGACUUUUCCUUCAUUUUGACCUACUGAAUGCUGUAGUAAGAUCUGCUGGAAUGAACCCAUUGGUGUUAGGAAUCAGCAGGCUGUUCUGGAGCCUCUCUGACUUUUAGAAAUUACUCCAUGGGAAGAAAUAGGAGUGUGGGGCAGAGGGAUAGAAGAGAGGAGUUAGAAGUCAAAAAUACCUACUUAGUAUCCAGUUGAAACAAAAAAAUAGUGGGGGAGGGAAACCAGAGUUGGUACUUGAGCCAGUGAUAACUACAGGACCAAUUUUUUUCAAAUAUUUCUCAAGCAGCCCGAGUUUUUACCAGUUAUGUUGUUAGUCUUAUCAUUUUGUACCUGCAAUGCAUCUCAAACAACCACGGUGUUUAAUAAGCUACUUUUUGGACGGAUCUUGUGCUUUGCUUUUAAGUCUUAGUGGAUAAACCUUGGACAAAUUUGUGAAAUCAUGAAAUAACAAUGUCGAUGCCGUCACUUACAACAGAUUAACUAAUGCCAAUGCUUUAGACACUGUUCACAAUUCAGGUGAAUUAUAUGUGUAAGUGAUGUAUUAACAGUUUCAUUUUUGAAGUAUAUAUAAGUAAAGCUUUUUAUGUACUCCAAUUUAUGCUGUAUUGAAAUAAAUACAUACAAAAA